AUGGUACCUGGAAUUGAUGGAGGUUAUACAGGACCUGGCGACAUUUAUCCUGAAUUGGCUAAAGAGAUAAUAGCUUAUCCAAAUUUGAUAUCAGUACAAAUGGAUCAUCGAUUUCGUGGUAAUCUCGAUCCAUGUGUUCAAGAUUUGUUAGAAACAAUUGAUAUACUUAAGUUAAAUUAUAAUGUUCGACGAGUAGUACUUGUUGGUUGGUCAUUUGGUGGUGCUGUUGUUAUUAGAGCCGGUACCAGACAUGGUCUUGUCAAAGCUGUUGCAACUGUUGGAUCACAAACUACUGGUGCAGGUAGUGUUGGUCAAUUAAGUCGAAAAGGCAAAGCAUGUUUAUUUAUUCAUUGUACAGGUGAUGACUGUUUAUCACCAACAUGUUCUCGAGAACUUUAUCAAUUAGCUGGUCAACCAAAAGAACUUGUUUUAUAUUAUGGAGAUAAUCAUGGUGUUACAAAUCAUCGUUAUCAAGCAAAAGAAAAAAUUAAAGAAUUUGCUCUUCAAUAUUUAUGUAUACCUAUAUACUAA